AUGUCGCGCGAAGGCUACCAAGUCCCCACGGCCGCCGGCCAGACCAUGGGUCUCUCUGCCCCCAAGGGCUUCAACGACGUCAACGACUCGGGCAACAUGCACUACCUCUGUGGUGACUGCGGCAUCAAGACCACGCUGCGCCGCACCGACCCUGUCCGAUGCAAGGAGUGUGGAUGCCGUGUGUUGUACAAGGAGCGCACCAAGAGAAUGGUUCAGUUCGAGGCUCGUUGA